AUGUAUUUAAAAAAAGUUGCAUCAAAAUUAAAAGAAUUGAAGGCUAAAUCAUUAGAAAGUUUUUCUAAUAUUUUAUAUCAUUAUGGAGGUUAUGUAUACGAUAGGCCUUAUACUUUUAUUUUUAGCAGCUUAUUAUGCUGUUUAAUAUUAACUAUGGGAUUUUACUACAAAGAACAUGAAAAAGAUAUUUACCGUUUAUAUUCCAUAUCUAAUUCAUAUGCUUAUGAGACAAAUGAAACAAUUAAUGACUUUUUUUAUAAAAGUAGAAAAUCAUUUAUUUUGAUUGAGUCUAACUGUAAUUUAUUGGAACCUGAUAUAUUAAGAGAAUUGAAAAAAUUUGAAGAUGGGAUUAAAGAUAUAAAAGUGGAUUUAUCAGAAAUAAAUGAAUGUAAACAAAAUUCUAAUAUAGAACAAGAACAAAAUGAAGCAUCUGAAGAAGUAUUGAAAAUGUUAUCUGAAAAAAGAGAUGAAAACAUGAAAAUAUUGCAAAAUUAUGAAAAAAAAUACAAUCUAAAUAUUUUGAAUGAUAAAUCUUCUAAGAACAAUAAUAAAUUAUCAAAACAUAAAAUAAAAAGUUCUAUUAAAGACAUUGAUAAGAAGAAUUUACAAGAAAAUGAGAAAAAGAUAGAGAGAGAAAAAAAAAAAGGGGCAUUAACUGAUUCUGUAUCAUAUACAAAUAAUUCCUCUCUAAAGGGAAAUUCAUUAUUAGAUAAAUCAUUUAAUAUUAAUUUAUCCGAUUACCAAGAUGACAAUUUUUUCCCUUAUUAUUAUAUACCUCCAAUGCUUAAUAAAAGUGACAGAUGCAAUUUGAAAAAUGUUUUUAAGGAAAAAAAUUUAAACAUAGAUUUAAGAGAAGCUAGUGAAGAACUAAAAAAACAAAUCACAUACGGUUUAGAAGAUGUAUGUGAAAAAAGGAAUAAUCAAUGUAAUAUUAGUUCAUUAUUUUCGUAUUAUGAAAAUGGUAAUGCAAAAUUAGAAGAUCCAAUAAUAGUAGAUAAUUUAGAUUUUUACUUAAAUCAAAAAGCAUAUAAAGAAAUGAUGUUUAGAGGAAUAUUAGGUAAUAUGCAAUAUAUAGAAAAUGAUUCUAAAUAUGUAAUUAAUUCAGCAAAUGCAAUUUUAACAAUAAUCCCAUUAUUAAAUUCUUACACAUUUGAACCUUAUGUAUUAGCCUAUGAAAAAGAACUAAUUGACUAUGUACGUUUUUAUAAUUUAAAUGAGGCAAUUAUAAAUAAAGAAACUAAUGACAAUAAGGAUCCAUUUAUUCGUUUUCAUGUAUAUACUGAUAGAAGUUUAGAAGAUGAGGUUGAUAGAAUUUCAAAAAUUGAUAAUUUAACCAGAUUACUUUUUUUAAUUGGAGUUUUAUUAAUUUUUAUAUAUGCAUUAUUUAAUAAUGUUACUUCUGUUUUAUAUAGAAGUAAACCACUAUGUGCAAUCAUGGGAAUAUUUUGCGGAUUUUUAGGUUUUCUUGCAGGGUCAGGUUUUUUGUAUUUUUUAGGAAUAAAAUCAGUACCACCUGCAGAAACUGUUCCAUUUUUAGUUAUAGGAGUAGGUGUCGAUGACAUUUUUGUUAUUUUAAAUUCUUAUUCUUUAUUAUUUAUGAUUAAGGAUGAUAAAAAAAGAAUUCAAAUUUGUUUAAAAGACAGUGCUCUUGCUAUUACUGUUACUACUUUAACUAAUAUAAUUGCUUUUUUAAUAAGUGCUAUUUCACCAUUUUAUUCUAUAUGUAGUUUUUCUUUAUUUACUGCUAGCUCAUUAUUUUUUGGUUAUGUCAUGGUCUUGACUUUUUUUCUUAGCUUUUUGUGCAUCGAAGCAAAAUUAGAAAAAAAAAAGGAAAAUGUCUUCUCAGGAAUUGCUAAGUUCUUCUGUUGUAUAUUUAGAAAGAAAAGAGAACAGACAAAUAUAAUUCUAAAUAUACAGCAUGACGAUGAAUUAGGAAAAAGGCCUAUUGAUUAUGAAAAUAUUUCGAUUUAUGAAUGGAUACAUAAUUUAUAUUUGUUUGAAGAAUCUUUUAAUAAGAAAAAAAAAAAUAUGAUUUAUUUAUCAAAUGAAAAAAGUAGUAAAUAUCAAAAUAAUGAAAAUAUUGGCAUAUGUGAAAAUUUGCCGUCAAUAUGUAUUAAUGAAAAGGAUAUGGAGAAAAAAUCUAAUGAAUUAAAUGAUUUUAAAGAAGAAAAUGAUGAUGAUAAAAAUAAAAAUGAUUGCAGCAGUUAUAUAUAUCAAGAUGCUGAGGAAAAAAAAAGCAUCACAGAAGUCUAUUCUAAUAAUUUAAAAGAGAAUAUUAGUAAUACUCCUGGUGCUCACUCUGAAAUAUGUAAUAGCAAAGAUUGUAAGACAAGUGAAAAUUGUGUAAUAAAUGAUAUUGAAAAUGAUAUGAAAAAUAAUGAGAAUUUUGCUAAUGAUUUAUUUGAUUCUAUGGAUAAAAAUAAUUCUUUAAUUGAUAAUGAAAAAGGAAAAAGAUAUAUUUUACAUAAGUUUAAAAAAGAUAAUAAUAAAAAUGUUAAUAUCUGUAAAGUAGAUAAAAAUGUUAAUGAAGGAAAUGACGAGGCUCUUAAAAUAGAAGAAAAUUUAUAUAAAUAUAAUAGUUCAAUAGAAUUAGAUACAAAAGAUACUUCUAAUAAUAUAAAUGAACAUAACAAAAAUAUAUAUUUAUUAAGCUCUCAUGAUAAUGCAUUAUUUUAUAAAUAUAUAUAUAAAGAGCCAAAGGGUAACAUUGGCAAAUGCUUCAGAUCCUUAGUAAAAAAUUAUUACGUUCCAUUUUUAUCAUCAAAAUUAGGAAAAAUUAUUGUAUAUGUCAUAUUUUCAAUUAUAAUUGCAUUAUCUAUAUAUGGUUGUACUCUUAUGAAAAAAGGAAUAAAAUAUGAUAAAGCCUUUCCAAUGGAUUCCUAUGUUCGUCAAUUUACUGCAGCGAAAAUAAAAUACUUUCCUCAAUUUGGUGAUCUUAUAGAAGUCUAUUAUUUUGAUAAAGAAUUCAUAAGCAAAUAUAGAAAACUAAACAAUGAUUCACCAUCAGUUUCAUUUUCUUAUUUAUAUUCUGAUAAAACUGAUCGUGAAAUGAUGAAUAAUCCAAGGAUAAAUAAAAAUGUGCAUUGGGAAGAUAAGGAUGUACAAAGAGAACUAUUAAGUAUGCAUAACAAUUUUGAAAAUCAAGAAUUUGUUUCUUCUAUUUAUAAUGGAUUUACAAUGUUUUUAAGUAAAAAUAUGGAAAAUAUUAGCAAAGAAAAUUCUGAGGAAUUUUAUAAUAAAUUUACUGAAUGGAUAAAUACUGAUUUUUUAGCUAAUUCAUUUAAAGAUGAUUUUAUUUUUUUAAAUGGUAAGCUAGUUGCAUGGAGAUUUCAUUAUUUCCAGCAAAGUAUUGACGAUACUGAAAUAUCAUCAAAGUGGUUGAAGACUUGUAAAGAAAUUGGUAGAAUCAAAAAUUAUGAUGUUCAAAUGGUAUGUUUUCAUUUAAGUUCCAUUUUUAAUGAAACAGAUGAAGCAAUAGUAGAAGUUACAUUAAAAAAUUUAGGAAUCACAAUUAUUACUAUAUUAAUUGUUACUGCAUAUAUAGUAAAAGGAUUUUAUUCUUGUGUUAUAAUUGCCUUAAUUAUUUUCUUAAUCGAUUUAUGUAUUUUUGGAUUUAUGUGCUUAUGUGGAAUUACAGUUAAUAUCAUUUCGAUGGUUAUUUUAGUUCUUUCAGUUGGUUUUUCCAUUGAUCAUACAUCUCACAUAGUUCAAGCUUUUACACAUAGUUUAGGGAAGACAAGAGAUGAGAAGAUGAAGGAAAGUUUACAUUUAAUGAUAGGUCCAGUUUUACAUAGUGGAUUAUCAACGUGGUUUGUUAUAAGUACUUUAUUUUUUUCUAAUAAAGAUUUUACUGUUAUUUUCUUUCAAACACUAAGUUUGGUUUUAUUCUUUUCUAUAAUUUUCUCAUCUAUGUUUUUGCCCGUUCUUCUUUCUAGCUUUGGCCCCUUGUAA